GAUUCAGUUCUAUUUUCAACUCGAAAUGAAUCACUCACGCGUGCUGAGGGCGACGAAUAUUGUGCUCCUGCUGUCGGGCUAUCAGAUGUAUUGGCUGGACUCCAAGACCCACCGUUUCCGAUUGUCCCUGCCCGGGGUUGUCUAUAUCUUAGCGCUGGGGUGCAUAUAUGCGGCCUGCUUUGCCCAGCACCUUGAUGCAUCUUCAUCGAUGCUGACGAUUCUGAAGAAUGUAUCGUCAUUUCUUUUUGGAUUGACAAGAUUGCAGCUUUUGCUGGGUGUCAAAGUGUUUAGUUAUGCGGUGUACUCAUCCGUAAGAGCUGUGGGAGUAAUCAACCCACUGAUGGCGUCUUUGGCUGGAAAGGAAAGUGGAUUCCGGAAAGAAGAGGCCAUGGCGUAUGCUCUGUUGAUCUCUUCUUUUGGGAUACUCCUCUGCUUUGGAUUCUAUAUUGCCUGCGAAAUGAAUUUCGAGCUGCCUCCACUUCAAGAUACCAUGAUUGGAACGGCUCUCUUUAUGCCACAUCUUUGUCUUGCCGGAUGCCUGAGAUUGUACAGCAUUUUGGCCUGGCUAACGUGUGGACAGUUGAAGGAGAUCCACACGAAUGUGGAGCAAGCACUUGAUGCCAACCGUAAGAAAGAUGACGAGGAAAUUGCUUCCACAUCUUUCACGGUGACUGUCAGUAAUUCCAGUCUGGAUAGCCUCGAGAGUCUCCGGAAAGAAUUGGUGCUCCUUGGAACCCGAUUUGGUCGCUUUUUCAAGGCCAUGCAGCACUCUCUGUUGUUUCUGGUCACCAUAAAUGGGAAUUGUCUUCUAUUUGGGAUCUAUUCUUACGUUUACUAUCGAAAUUACUGGCAUGUGCUCUUUGAGGAUCGCAAACGGAGAAUCUUCUAUGCGGCGAAUGCCUCCAUUUAUGCCUGCAUUGCUUCGGAUUAUGUGUGUCUUCUUUUGGUUCAGUUCUUUAUGGAAAAAGAGCGUCUUGGCUUUCUGACAAGCCUGGAUUCUUUUCUCUCUCAAAGAAAUGCUUUGUCGAAAAGCAUUCGCUGUCUGGCCAAGGAUAUUAAGGGCACUCUACUCAAAAGUUUUCACCACAAAUUUCUAUCCCUUUGGCGCUUUGAUGUUAUUCAUUUCGUUUUGGUAAAGUCCCAUAUGAAACUUUAAAAAAAAGAUUUUUCU